AUGUAAUUAAAUCACCUGUCAGCCUCAUCACUAAUGAUCUAUAAUGACUGAUUUAUUGUUUUCUUUAAAUGACGCCACUGCAGCUACAAAGGAGGACCAAGCACUUACCACUGAUUAAACAGACAGCAUCCCACAGGAGAGCAAGGAACAACAAGUUCAGCAAUGUCUCUUAAAGUCACACUUAUUGUGGUGGUAUUGGUAUCCGAGUGCUGGACUGCUCCACAGAGGAGAAACUGGACUCCUCAAGCGAUCUUAUACCUGAAAGGAGCACAGGGACAUCGCUCAGUGUUGGAGCGUGGCAGCAGAGAGGACGCAGACACUUUACAUUUAGUGAAUUACAACCAGAUCAGCGAUGGACGUGGGUCGUCUUUGGCUUCAUUCCUUCUUUUGGAGCUCCUGCAGCGCGCUGUGGAAGAAGGUGGAGGUGGACCAGAUAACCACCUCAACUAUCAAGAGCUGGACUGAAACCAUCUGUGAAGGCUAACAGUAACAAAAGCUUAUUUUUUUUUC